GUUUCAACCUCCAGAGGAGAGGAAUGGAACGCUCCAGGAACUCCAUCCUCCUGCCGUGGAGCGAAGAAAAGUUUCUUAAAGCUGAGAAAAAGUCGGAAGAAAUGACAGACAUAUUUUGAGUAAUUAUGGCGACGGCGGUCAGACUCAGAGGGAAGGAGCUGGGGGAAGUCGACAUAUGUGACGGCGCCGUGUUUGUCCACUCGGAUGAGUUUUCGGGCUUCCAGCAGUGGACGAGUCCCUCUGAGCAGCUCCGCGGGGACACGUCCUCCCCUGCCGGCUCCUCCACGGCCGCCCGAAGGAGCGGCAGGGCCGAGUGGCCGGGGGAUGACGUCACAGGUGGCCGCGCCUCCAUCGUGGACUGUCUGCUGGUGGAACUUUAUGAGACCUACAGCGGAGGCAGCAGGAGGAACCUGGACAGCUGGGACAGCUCCACGGAGGCGUCCGGCUCAGACGCCUUCCUGGGCCGGAGUAACUCCGGGUCCAGCUUCCUCCAGGAGCUCCAGGAGAAGCACACCAGGAGGCUCCAGGUCAACUACCUCGCCCAGAAAGCGCCCGAGGAGCUGCGGUCAAUCAUCCAGGAGGUCCGAUACCGCACGGCCCUGCAGUCGGCAAAGCUAAUACGGCAUCUGAAGAGACGAGACCGACUCUGCCACAAACUGCAGAAGAAUUAUGACAUUAUCACAGCGUGUCUUCAGGCGGUCUCACAAAAACGACGAGUUGACACGAGGCUGAAGUUUACUAUUGAGCCAUCGCUGGGAAAAAAUGGAUUCCAGCAGUGGUAUGAUGCCCUUAAAGCAGUUGCUAGACUCCCUACAGGAAUCCCUAAAGAGUGGAGGAAGAGGGUGUGGUUAACGCUAGCCGACCACUAUCUCCACAGUAUCUCUAUUGACUGGGAGAAGACACUUCGCUUUGCGUUUAAUGAACGCAGCAAUCCAGAUGAUGACUCCCUCGGCAUCCAAAUCGUCAAGGACCUGCACAGGACAGGCUGCAGUUCUUACUGUGGCCAAGAGGGGGAGCAAGACAGGGUGGUGCUUAAGCGAGUGCUUCUGGCGUAUGCCCGCUGGAAUAAAACUGUGGGAUACUGUCAAGGAUUCAACGUGCUGGCUGCACUCAUACUGGAGGUUACAGAAGGCAGUGAGAGCGACGCACUGAAGGUGAUGAUCUACCUGAUUGAUAAAGUUCUGCCGGAGAGUUACUUUGCCAACAAUCUGCGAGCGCUGUCAGUGGACAUGGCUGUGUUUAGAGACCUGCUGAGGCUGAAGCUGCCCAGACUGUCCCAGCACCUCCACCACCUGCAGAAAGCUGCCAACAGGGAGGCCGGAGGCAGCUAUGAGCCUCCGCUGAUAAACGUCUUCACUAUGCAGUGGUUCUUGACCAUGUUCGCCACCUGCCUGCCGGCGCCAACUGUGCUUAAGAUCUGGGACUCUGUUUUCUUUGAAGGGUCAGAGGUGCUGUUUCGGGUUGGCCUUGCCAUAUGGGAGAGACUGGGAGAGAGAAUUGAGUACUGUCAGACAGCAGAUGAGUUCUACAGCACCAUGGGCUGUCUGACACAGGAGAUGCUGGAGCACAGCCUCAUCGAUCCAGCUGAUCUCAUGCAGGAAGUUUACUCCAUGGCGGUGUUUCCGUUCCCCCAGCUGGCUGAGCUGAGAGAGAAGUACACCUACAACAUCACGCCGUUCCCUACCUCAAUCAAAUCGAACGGAAGUGGUAUCGGCAGCUGGGAGAGCGAUGACGAUGCUGAAAUGGACGAUGAAGACUCGUUUGUGACGGCGCUCGGGUGUCUGGGGCCCCUCGGUGGCCUGCUGGCCCCUGAGCUGCAGAGAUACCAGAAACAUCUCAAAGAUCAGAGAGGCGAGCAGGGGAACAUUGCAGAGCUGAGCCCAGGAGCCGUGGGAGCUGUCGGAAGUGCAAAGGCGGAGCACCAAGCAGCCAUCAACAGCAUGAUGAUGGAGAGGAUGAGCACCGACAUCAGCGCGCUGAAGAAGCAGUACGCUCGCAUCAAGAGGCGGCAGCAGCAGCAGGCUAUGCAGCUCUACAUCCACACAGGACACAGACCUGAAGUGGCAACAAGUCCAGAAGUUCUUCAGGACCGUCGCAUCAAGCACCAAGACAACGCUGAUGAUAAGUGCCCUGCCACACGUGUGCUGGCCUCCCAGCUCAACCCUUCCAACACGGUCAUCAACCACCUCCUCCUUGGUCGGAAGCCCCGCGGUGCUCCCGCCACUUCCAGACCCACGUUUGCAUCUCCGUCGUCUCUCUCAGGGGCCCGAGCCGCUGCUUUCCCACACGCCCAGGGCUCCCCAGCCAGGCAGUGCACCGGUUCGGUGUCCUCCAACACCGGGCCACCGAGGAGCUCCGGAGGAAGCGCGGGAUCACCCUGGCGUGCUUAUGUCCGGGUUCACUGCCAGAAUGUCGCCAGGGCCCGAGCCCAACUGGGCUUUGGAGGUCCUGAGGGAGCAGAAGAAGAGGAAGGAUCUGUGAUAAUGAAGACUGGAGAGGAAGCAGAAGAGAAGAAAGAGGGUGAAAACCAAAAUCGAGGCAGAAGUGACGCGUCGCUGUCACGUGGUUCGUCUCUUACGGGGUCAGCUUCUGAAGAACCUUCUCCAGAGGAAGAAGAUGAAGCCAUGAAGCGUUUGGGCUCUCUGGAUCUUGAUGCUGAGUCGGGCCUCACCUCCUCAAACUCUUCAGCAUCCUCUCCACCGGCGCACCGGGUUCCUCUCCUCCUCCCUCCACCGCCAUCUUCACACAGAAACCAAGAGUCCAACACGUCCGGUUCUGAAACAAACUCUGCCUCUGACGGACUGUGUCCCAUCACUGCUCCGUCGUCCUGUCACUCCUGCAUCAUGUCUCCCUCUCAGUCCACCACCAGCCCGUCCCCGCUUCCCUCAUCUGUUAGCCCCUCCUCCUCACCAACUCCGCCCUCCUCCUCAGCCCCAGAAUCCACUUCCUGCCUCCAGACAUCUGGAUCAGCCAAUGAUGCCUUGACUCUUUCUCUCCCCUCCUCCUCCGCCUUACACAUCCUGUCUUCACCCUCUGUUCCCUCACUCUCCUCAUCCUGCAGUAAAUCCUGCCUUGCCUCCUCUCAGUCCACUCCGGUGUCGUUGUCGUGCUCCUCCCCUCAGCAGCAGCAGCUCUUCUCACCGUUCCCGUGCAUAAAGCAGCCCAAGAAGUCUGCAGCGGCGAGGAACCUCGGCCUGUACGGGCCCACGUCCAGAACCCCCACUGUGCACUUCCCUCAGCUCAGCCGCAGCCUCCACCGCAGUGGUGCCGCCGCCACCGGGAGGCGCUGAAACCCUGCAGCUGUAUCUACAGUUGUGUCCAUAAGUAUUCGGACAGAAGUUACUGUUACUUUAGCUGCACAUCAUAGGAACAUAAGAAGGUUGUCCUCAGAGUUGACUGUGUGUUUUUUUGGACCGACAGAGUUGAAACAGUAAAAUGGCGUCGAAUCAGAAAUGUGUUAAAGCACAGUCAUCAAAAACACUGUUCAGCCAUCUUGACCACGCUCCGUUCAUUUAUACCUUCAAGUAGAGUUGACUUUAAAUGAUGAUGCAGCUGAUUUGAUACUGUUUAUUCAUGGUCCAUUCACUGAUUUGACACUCUGUUCAGAGUUGAUAUAACACUGUUCUGAAAUCACCAAAUACAGUUUUUCUCCUUUUGAA